UACGUCUUAAUAAUCCAUCUCUAAUGGCGGGCUGACUCGCGUUGAUGAAGGCCAAUCACGUGUAGCUACUUGCUAGAACAGGGUGACCGGUGAGAGAGAUAUAUAUUCCAACGAGCCGCGGUGCUGCACCAUUUUCUUCGACUCCUUUCGCCGAAAGCUCACCACCGGCAACUUGGUUGAACUUAAAAUCGACAGUCGGUAGGUCGGUAUUUGUUAAGCUCAUGAUUAGCGCCAGGAGUUGCUCUGUAAUUCAUAAAUCUAGGGUUUUAGGCGGUGGGAUUGAGGUUAAGCUUCCAAAUGGAGGCUAGAGAAUCAUCUUCUUCUGGUGCAUUCAUGCCUUCAUUAGAAGUUGUGGACAGCCUGAAACAUCCAAGUACCGAAGGGCGGGAACAGACUCAGAAAGUUGAAAAUGCGCCGCUUAAUGGAGUUCUAGUAGAGGCCGCAACGGCCUUAGAAGAUGAUAAAGUUUCUAGGGACGCCGAGGAGAGAUCUAGUCCGGCUCCUGUGAGUGUAGAGGUCAAAACUUUUGAGAAUAGUACCGGGAAGCGGAAACGUGGUCGGCCUCCAAAGGGUCUACCAAAACUUCCGCCGCCGGUGAAGAAGAAAAAAGAUGAAGAGGACGUGUGUUUUAUAUGCUACGAUGGAGGGAGCCUUGUGCUAUGUGAUCGCAGAGGCUGUCCAAAGGCAUAUCAUCCAGCUUGUGUUCAGCGGGAUGAUGCAUUCUUUCAAUUAAAUGCUAGAUGGGAUUGUGGUUGGCACCUUUGUAGCACCUGUCAAAAGUCUGCCCAUUAUAUGUGCUACACUUGCACAUAUUCACUGUGCAAGGCAUGUACUUGGGGUGCUGAUUAUGUGUAUGUACGAGAGAACAAAGGCUUUUGCUCAAUGUGCAUGAGAACUAUUAUGCUCAUUGAAAACAAGGACAGGAGAGAAAAAGAAACGGUGGUUGUAGAUUUUGAUGAUAAGAGCAGCUGGGAAUAUUUAUUCAAAAUGUACUGGUUUUACUUGAAGGAGAAGUUAUCUCUAACUUUGGAUGAACUGAUGAAAGCUAAAAGUCGUUGUAAAGCAGAUGGUGACACUGUUUAUAAAGGGAAAUAUAUGGAUGAUGUUAGUUGUAAAAAUGGCCUCAAACAUCCUAUUUUGGGAAUCCCUCCUGAGAGCAAGGAGAUGGAAAUAUUCAACGGUAGUAAGUUGAGUAAUCGACAUACAACGUUACUUAGUGACAAUGUUUCUCCUACCAAAAAUAAGCUAAGUAGUGAUGAAGGUGCACCUGUUGCUGCAUCUGCAAAAUGGGCAUCUAAGGAACUCUUAGCGUUUGUUGCUUAUGUUAAGAAUGGUGAUAUGUCUAAGCUGUCUAUACAAGAAGCACAAGCGCUCUUGUUGGACUAUGUCAAAGGGAAUAACCUCCAAGAUCCCAGCCAAAAAAGCCAGAUCAUUUGUGAUGCUAGACUUGUCAAACUCUUUGGGAAACCACGCGUGGGUCAUAUUGAAAUGCUAAAACUCCUUCAGUUCCACUACCCUAUAAAGGAUGAAUCCCCUGAAGAUGUUAGUAAGCGUAAUAUCUAUCCUGCUGUUGCAAGUCAAGCAGAUGGUAAGGCUCACAAUUGUAAUGUUCUGGUAAUGGCUAAAGAGAAGAAAAGUAGAACCCUUGAAAUGGCACCGGACGAAAGAUCUCUCGCAUACCUAAAUGAGUAUGCUGCAAUUGAUGUUCAUAACAUUAAUUUGAUUUACUUGCGCCGCUGUUCGCUGGAAAAUCUAAUUGAUAAGAGUGGUAAGCUACAUGAUAACAUUUUGGACUCCUUUGUGCGAAUAAGUGUCUCUGGUGAUGAUCAUGAGCCAGAUAUUUGUCGACUUGUCCAAGUUGUAGGUACUUGCAAGGUGGGUACACCUUAUAAAAUUGGUGAGAACACAGUGGAUGUUGCACUAGAGAUAUUAAAUCUGGAUAAGAAGGAGGUUAUUUCAAUCAGUGCUAUCUCAAAUCAGGAGUUCUCUGAGAAUGAAUGCAGACGUUUACGCGAAAGCAUAAAAUGCGGGCUUGUCAAACACUUGACUGUAGGCCAAAUACUGGAGAAAUCAAAGUCACUCCGGGAAAUUAUAGUGAAUGAUUGGCUGGAAAGAGAAGUACUACGGCUCAAUCAGCUGCGGGACGAAGCAAAUGAGAAAGGGCAAGAAAAAGAGCUUAGAGAAUUUGUGGAGAAAAUAGAGAUCAUGAAGACACCUGAAGAAAGGCAGCGAAGGCUGUCAGAUGUUCCCGAAGUACAUGUUGACCCAACUAUGAAAGCGAAAAAUCGAUCAGUUGAAGCCAUUGGAUUAUUUGAUGACAAAAAUCAAGCUGUGUAUGGGAAAACUAAAGUUUCUGGAUUAAAAAGAAAUGAAAGGGAAGCAAUUUCAUCAAAGGGAAACAACAUGUCAUACGAGACUCGCAGCAAGAAAUUGAAGGGUGUGCCUAAUAACAUUGACAUAAAGGAAAACAAGCUUACCACAUCUGAUUCAACCAAAGCCUCAAAUGGGGACAAAAGAGUUGAAACUGUGGUUGGUGAUUCAAAUAGUUUAGCUACUUCUCUGUUUCAACCAAAGCCUCAAAUAGAAGUAACUGCAUCAUCUGCCGUUGUUACGUCUAUGCCUUUUUCUGGUAUUGCUCCAAAAGCUUCAGUUACUUCUCUUUCUACUGGAAUUGGAUCGUCCACUGUGGUUACUUCUAUGCCUUUUUCUGGCACUGCUCCAAAAACUUCAGUUACUUCUCUUUCUACUGGAACUGCAUUGUCCGCAGCAGUUACUUCUAUGCCUUUUUCUGGGAUUGCUCCAGAAGCUUCAGUUACUUCUGUUUCGACUGGAACUGCAUCGUCCUUGCAUAAUAAUGAAAACGAGAAUUCUUGGCAUUACAGAGACCCAGAUGGGAAUAUUCAGGGGCCAUUCUGCCUUUUAAUGCUGCGUAAAUGGAGCAUAUCUGGAUACUUCCCAUCUGAUCUUAGAAUAUGGAGUAUGCAUGAUAUGGAAGGGAACUCCUUACUUCUUAUUGACGUACUGAAAGGCCAGCAGCCCAACAACAAACAAACAUCACUUCAACACAAUCUCAAUCUCCCAGUUCAAAAAGUUCAAGUUGUCAAAGAGAAUGCGCCCAGUUAUUGGAAUGGUGGAUCAAAUAGCAACUUGCCUUUAGCUAGUCUAGAUGAUAAACAAAGUGUCAGUUGCCAGGAUAAAUUAGUGCAGGGUGCUGGGUCAGGAUUGACACCUGCUUUUAAUUGCAUCGAUAUAAACAAGACUGGCUCUCCUUGCCUUGAAUCAGUUAAAGUUAAUGACCUCUGUUCUAAGCAAACGGAGACUUCUCUACCACAGGAAUGCAGCAAUGAUGGAAACCAGAUGGCUCGUGAAACAAACCAGGGAAAUCAAUCUAAUGAUCAAGGCUACUCAAGUUAUUCCAGCUGGAGGUCUCCGCCUUUUGUGGUUCCUCCUCAUAAGUUGGACCUUAACACUUCUUUCAGCUUUGAAGCCAAGUCAAAUCUGGCACAAUCAGAGAUAAAGUCUGGAAAUGAUAUCUAUUCAGAUGCAAGCACCAAAGACCGGCAAUCAUCGGAGUCAUUUACUGUUCAUAUUCAAGGGUCUCAACUCCAAAAUGCACCAAACCCCACGUUAAACCUUGAUUAUAUUGACAAGAAAUCCAUUCCGAAAACACAAGGUAUAGCAUGCUGUAAAGAAAAACAGAGUGACCAGGAAAAGAAAUUCCAAGCCUCGGACAAGAAGCAAUCUUUAUCUCUGUCGUCAAAUUUCAUUAAUAGGGAUGAUUCUGUUCCUAGUUGGAGUAGUUCUUCCGGUUUGUUUCUUGGUGGGUCAGUACCACCACGGUCCAAUGAAUGGAUGGGACACUCCCCUGCUGCUACUGCUGCUUCAAAGGCGUCGGUUGAAGAAUUGGGUCUGGGUCUCAUAUCUGUCCCUCAAAUGAAGCCGCCAGAACCGACACACAGUUACGGAGCUAACAAUAUUACAAUCUCCCAAACUCAUCCGGCGUCAGGCUGGCUAGCUAUGGUGAGCGAGCCUAUCGAGCUUAGCACUUUGGCAGAAGAAGAAUCAGUGUCGGACCUGCUGGCGGAGGUUGACGCAAUGGAGUUCCAGGGGGGCGGGGGGUUGCCUUCCCCUACUUCAGCCAUGAAUUAUGUUGAUUACUUGUUUGAAGAUACUGUAAACGACUGUUUUCACCCUACUGGGACGUUGAACCGCACACUUGACACCACCAAAAACAGUGAUGUACAACCCAUUAUGAUAAAUGAAUCAAUUGGAACACUUCAUUCUGAAAAGAGGAGGUCCCAGGGUCAGUCGUCCUCCCAUAACUGGCAAAGAGAUUCUUCUGCCUCAAAUAACCGCAUCCCCGAAUCAUCGUCAUCAACAACUUCCUCCACAACAAGCCAUGACAUGGUUGUUGACAGAGACGGGAUGAGGAGACCAUGGUCAACUAGUCUAGGAUGGGAAGGAGCAGCAGCAACCCAUGAGAAUGGAAACAUGCAUAGGUCCUCCGUUGGAUCAGGUGGGUAUUCGGAUUCCAGUGGCAGAUACAGUACUGGAGAAGAGAGAUUGAAUGAUCAUAGGGAGUUGUGGAGCAGACAUUCAACGGUUGGGGGAGGAAGCAGUAGUAGUGAUUACUUCAGAACUCCGGCUCAUCCUCAGAAAGGGCCAGGGCAGAGAGUAUGUAAACUUUAUGAGAGUGGGCGAUGCAAGAAGGGGGCAUAUUGUGAACACCUACAUCGUUGAGGGUUGGUUGGUUGGUUAGCUUUUUAACCUCGUAUAUUACCUGACAUUGGUUUUGUUAGCUGCUGGCUGGCGUAGAAUCAAAAAAUUCUUUUUUGGGAAGAAGCUUUUUAUUGUAAGAUUAUGUUUCCACGGUAUUGUUCAUGUAAUGUUUUGUGAAGAAACAGAAAGUACAAAGGAAAAAGGUAUUUAGUAUAUUAGAGCAUAAUAUAUAUAAGUCACUCUGUCU